GGCGAGGUCGGGGUCGCGGUCGGAGUCGGGUCACCAUUCAUUCGUUUCGCGCGCGGAUUAUUUCGUGCUCUGAUGCCUAUUUCUUGCACAAGUGUAGCAGCUGAUUUUAUAAGCUUCAUGUCAUUGUGUACCUAUGUAGAGUAUCUGCAAUCAAGGUUGAGACUUUAGCCAAGAUGUCUCGAGAGACUGGAAAUGAAUCCCAGCAAUCUCAAGGUGCCCAGCAGUCUCAGAGUGGUACAAGUUCUUCCUCCAGUGGAUCACAGAGUGCUAGUCAGUCGUCUUCCAGCUCUGGGACCCUCAGUUCUUUGGACACAGUUCCUACUCAGGAACUUCCUUCAAUUCCUGAGGAUCAGGAACCUGAAGAAAUCGUUCCUCAGCCAUGGGGUCGACUCUUUGCACUUGAAAAGGGUUUCUGCAAUUAUGACUGCGUGAAUGAUGAGUGUUGGUUUGGCAGAGACAGAAGCUGUGAUUAUAGCUUUGCUAAACUAGGGUUGACCGAGACAGGCUUAUACCAAAACUACAGCAAGAAGCACUUCCGAAUCUUCAGGGAAAUGGGACCAAGAAACUCCUGUGUUGCCUACAUUGAGGACCACAGUGCAAAUGGGACUUUUUUAAAUAAAGAGCUUAUUGGGAAAGGGAAAAGGCUCCCAUUGACUCACAAUUCUGAAAUUGCACUGUCUGUACAGACUAACAAAGCGUUUGUAUUUUCUGAUCUUAUGGUGGAUGAUCAGUCAGCGUAUCCCAGAGAAUUGAGAGAGAAAUAUAUCAUGUCAAAGACUUUGGGAAGUGGUGCCUGCGGAGAGGUUAAACUGGCAUUUGAGAGGACCACAUGUAACAAAGUUGCUGUAAAGAUAAUCAAUAAACGGAGAUUUAUAACAAGCGCUGUGAGAGACACAGAUCCAGUUUUUAAUGUUAAUACUGAAAUUGAGAUUUUGAAGAAAAUAAAUCAUCCCUGCUUAAUCAAGAUAAAAAACUUCUUUGAUGCAGAAGAUUAUUAUAUUGUUUUGGAAUUGAUGGAAGGAGGAGAGUUAUAUGACAGAGUGUCGAGAUCAACCAGAAUGAAAGAAGCUACCUGCAAGCUCUAUUUUUAUCAGAUGCUGUUGGCUGUAAAGUAUCUUCAUGAAAAUGGUAUUAUACAUCGGGAUCUAAAGCCAGAGAAUGUGCUACUUUCCUCUUCUGAGGAAACUUGUCUUAUAAAGAUUACAGAUUUUGGACAAUCCAAGAUUCUUGGAGAAUCAUCACUUAUGAAAACAUUAUGUGGUACUCCCACGUAUCUCGCCCCUGAAGUUCUCAGUUCACUUGGGACAGCUGGGUAUAGCCGUGCUGUGGAUUGCUGGAGUUUAGGAGUUAUUCUUUUUGUAUGCCUGUGUGGAUAUCCACCAUUCAAUGAACAGAAUACUCAGCUAAGUCUGAAAGAUCAAAUUACCCGUGGAGAAUACACAUUUAUUCCAAGAGAAUGGAAGCAUGUGUCAGAUAUGGCUUUGGAUCUUGUGAAGAAGUUGUUAGUAGUGGAUCCAAAUAAACGUCUUACAACGGAAAAAGCCUUGGAACAUCCCUGGCUUCAGGAUGAAAGUAUGAAGAGCACAUUUCAAGAGCUACUCUCACAAACAAGAGUCUCUAUGCAUCCACCACAGACAUCAAGACUACCAACCACAACCAGAAAACGUCCCCAUGAAAAGGAAGAGGAAGCUGGGUCUUCUAAGCACACUGUUCCUUCUACGUCAUUUCAGGAAAAAAAGUGAAGGAAAGUAAACUUACUUUAAUUGCUGCUUUUGUCUAUGGAUUAUACAGAUUUUUAUAAGAAAUGUUUUUCUCUUAAUAAUGGAAUAAUUGUUCUAUACUAAUCAUUG